AUGGGCCCGAAAAGCACGCCUUCUCGAACGACGCCCCGUCCUGGAGGGUUGCCGAGGCUGUGCCUGGAAGGAAGGUGCACCAACCGCCAAUGCGACGCUCACGGCCGCAUGGUCAUCCUUAACCAUGCGUUCCGGGACUUCGACCUGAUCCGGCCCGGCAGAGACCCGAAGCGCUGCCCAAUGUGCAACCGCGAGGUGGUGCCGAGCACGUGUGCCUUCACCGACUGCACGUGGAGGUACAAGGGGCGGAAGGCCGGGGAGACCAACGUCCUGGUCGGCAUGUGGAAAGAGGCCGGCGACAGCUACCACCGCUUCGAGGAAGGGGGUGAGGUGCAGUGGGACAGGCUGCUCAUCCAGGUCAGGCCCCUGCUCAAGCUCGAGCAACGUGUCCCUUCCGCACCACCGGCGGACGAGAGGAUGGAGCGUCCCAACACGACAGCCAAUACCGCGACGUCAACCGUAGCAGUCGUGAUCGACCACACGUGGAGUCGAUGCACGAGGUGCACGGAUUGUUCCGCGUUCGGGGCAACCCCUGCGUCCGACGAGACGGUCCUGGAUUGUGGCCACCGGUUCCACACCAGGUGCCUCGCGGGCUGGGAGCAGGGCUCGAUGAUCGUCUGUCCCAUCUGCCGGGAAGAGUCGUCGCCGCUGCCUCAGUAG